CCUAUCUCAGCCUCCCAUCCACUGUCAUUUCCCCGCUGUCCCAGCUAGACGUGGUGGACUGAGCGUGUGCGGCUGCGUGUACACAGAGGAUGGCUUGCUGCUCAGGUGCAGGUGGCAGACUCGGGGAACCAGUCAAGCGGGCAACAGGAUUUUUCUAUUUACCCAGACAGCAGGAUGUUUUGUUGGGGUAGGAGCUGGAGCUUCGACCUCUUUUUUGGACCUGCCACCUAGGAGCUCUUUUAGUGUUCCUGCAAAUGAGAUAUUUUCACACCUUUUUCUGCUGCAAAAAGAAGACAAUUUUAAUUGUUUUAAAAUCAUAAUUAUUUAAUAUUUUCAAUUGCUUUCUGCACGUAAAGCAGUGGAAGGAGAUUCCUUUUCUAAAGUGGGAUUUUGAGGAGGUGAAACAGGAAUGUGCCACGGUUCUGCUUCAAUCUGGAUCACGGCAUCGGCAGUGUGAAUGGCUGCAGAGGAAGAAAGAAGAGCUCUGCAAAGAGGCAAAUUUUAAAAGUCCCUCCCAGACAAUCAUCCUCCUGCACACCUGUGCGGGCUCCUCCUCUGGGAAAAGGGAGGACAAGAAACUAAUUAGGAGCUAAGAAAAAAAAACAAACAAAAAAGGGUAAAGUCCAUAUCUUCUACCCCCUGCUUCCCACCUGUCUGGAUUAACUAGGCUGGAUCACCAUGGCGCAUGCCGCCUCGCAGCUGAAGAAAAAGGCGGAUGAGAAUCUUGCUGCUGCGGAGGAGGAGAAGGAGAAAGAGAGAAAGAGGGCAAGAAAGCGAUCACGAGAAGUCAAGAAAAAGACGGAUGUGAACGCUUGUUAUCUGCGCGCAGCUCGGGCCGGAAACCUCGAGAAAGCUUUGGAUUACCUGAAGAAUGGAGUCGACAUUAACAUUUGCAAUCAGAAUGGUUUAAAUGCUCUCCAUCUGGCCUCAAAGGAGGGUCAUGUGGAGGUGGUAGCUGAACUCAUCAAGCAGGGCGCCAACGUGGAUGCAGCCACCAAGAAAGGGAACACCGCACUGCACAUCGCGUCCCUCGCCGGGCAGAAUGAAGUGGUGAAGGAGCUCGUCACAAAUGGCGCAAACGUCAACGCGCAGUCCCAGAAUGGCUUUACUCCACUGUACAUGGCAGCGCAGGAGAAUCACAUGGAAGUGGUGCAGUUCUUACUCGACAACGGCUCCAGUCAGAGCAUCGCUACAGAGGAUGGUUUUACUCCACUGGCGGUGGCGCUGCAGCAGGGCCACGACCAGGUGGUUUCCCUCCUACUGGAAAACGACACCAAGGGGAAGGUCCGACUCCCAGCGCUGCACAUCGCUGCCCGGAAAGACGACACCAAGGCCGCCGCCCUCCUCCUGCAGAACGACCACAACGCAGACGUUGAGUCAAAGAUGAUGGUGAAUAGAACAACAGAGAGCGGGUUCACUCCACUGCACAUCGCGUCUCACUACGGCAACAUCAAUGUGGCAACACUGCUGCUCAACAGAGGGGCAGCUGUGGACUUCAAGGCAAGGAAUGACAUCACACCUCUGCAUGUAGCAUCCAAACGGGGAAACACAAACAUGGUGCGACUGCUGCUGGAGAGGGGGGCCAGAAUUGAUGCGAGGACCAAGGAUGGCCUGACUCCUCUACACUGCGGAGCCAGAAGUGGCCAUGAGCAGGUGGUGGAGAUGCUGCUGAACAGAGGAGCUCCACUAAUGUCCAAGACCAAGAACGGCUUGUCUCCUCUUCACAUGGCGACACAGGGCGACCACCUGAACUGUGUCCAGCUGCUGCUGCACCACGAGGUGCCUGUGGACGACGUAACCAACGACUACCUGACAGCUCUGCACGUGGCCGCGCACUGCGGUCACUACAAGGUGGCGAAGGUCAUUUUGGACAAGAAGGCCAAUCCCAACGCUAAAGCGCUGAAUGGUUUUACUCCCCUCCACAUCGCCUGUAAGAAAAACAGACUGAAAGUGAUGGAGCUCCUUCUGAAGCACGGGGCGUCUAUACAGGCAGUCACAGAGUCUGGUCUGACGCCGAUUCACGUCGCAGCGUUUAUGGGACAUGAAAACAUCGUCCACCAGCUGAUCAACCACGGGGCUUCGCCUAACACAAACAACGUGAGAGGGGAAACGGCGCUCCACAUGGCAGCGAGGGCCGGACAGUCUGAUGUGGUCCGAUAUCUGAUUCAGAACGGAGCACAAGUUGAUGCCAAGGCUAAAGACGACCAGACUCCGCUGCACAUCUCAAGUCGUCUGGGUAAGCCAGACAUUGUGCAGCAUCUUCUGACAAAAGGAGCAUGUCCGGACGCCACGACCAACUCCGGGUACACACCUCUGCACCUAGCUGCCAGGGAGGGACACAGAGAUGUGGCUGCAGCUCUACUCGAUCAAGGAGCUAAUCUGAGCAUUACCACAAAGAAGGGCUUCACUCCAUUACAUGUUGCUGCCAAGUAUGGAAAGAUAGAGGUGGCCAACCUGCUGCUGCAGAAAAACGCUCCAGUUGAUGCUGCUGGGAAGAGUGGACUAACUCCACUGCAUGUGGCAGCGCACUAUGAUAACCAGAAGGUGGCACUGCUCUUGCUCAAGCAGGGAGCUUCACCGCACGCCGCUGCAAAGAACGGCUAUACCCCGCUGCACAUCGCAGCCAAGAAGAACCAGAUGGAGAUCGCCACCACCUUACUGGAGUACGGCGCCUCCACCAGCACGGUGACACGACAGGGGAUCACUCCUCUGCACCUCGCAGCGCAGGAAGGCAACGUGGACGUCGUGACCCUGCUGCUGGCCCGAGACGCUCCUGUUGGCACCAGCAACAAGUCGGGGCUGACUCCACUCCACCUGGCUGCCCAGGAGGAUAAAGUCAAUGUUGCCGAGGUUUUAGUCAACCACGGAGCCACUAUAGAUCCCGAGACCAAGUUGGGAUACACCCCUCUUCACGUCGCCUGUCACUAUGGCAACGUGAAGAUGGUGAACUUCCUGCUGAAGAAUCGGGCGAAGGUCAACGCUAAGACCAAGAACGGAUACACACCUCUGCAUCAGGCUGCCCAGCAGGGACACACACACAUCAUCAACUUACUGCUGCACCAUGGAGCUUCACCCAACGAACUCACUGCCAAUGGGAACAGCGCUCUGUCCAUCGCCAGGAGGCUUGGCUACAUUUCUGUAGUUGACACACUCAAAGUGGUCACAGAGGAGACUCUAACCACUCAGACUGUGAUAGAGAAGCACAAGAUGAACGUCCCAGAGACCAUGAACGAGGUGCUGGACAUGUCUGAUGAUGACGUCUGUAAAGCCAAUGUCCCAGAAAUGAUCACAGACGACUAUUUUUCUGAUGUGGAAGAAGAAAUGGAUGUUGGAAAUAUCAACAUCACCUAUACUUGUAAGUCAAAAAAAGAAAAGGUUGACCUCACUGUAACUAACUCCAGUAACCAGUUUGCAGUGUUGCAGCUGAACUGUUGCAGCUAAACUCUGCGUGUAGUUUCACUGCUUCUUUUUUUUUUCCCCUGUGCAGCACUCUGUGCAUGUUUCUUCCUCAUGCAGGAAUGUGUGUUCAAGUUGUUGUUGUCCAUCUUGAACCUCUGAUCUAAAAAUAAAUGGAGUGUAACUCUAGCCAUAUUCACAUGCUUACAUAGCAGCAGCGGCAGUGAUUAC